AUGAGUUCAGACAGCCGCAGCCGAAGCCGAAGCAGGAGUAGGAGUCGUAGCCCUGGGAUCCGUAAGAUUCGCUCUGAACGACAUUCCUAUCGCGAUGCUCCUUACAGGAGAGAUUCAAGUCGGGGUUUCAGCCGAGACAAUUUGUGCAAGAACUGCAAGAGGCCUGGUCACUAUGCUAGAGAGUGCCCUAAUGUUGCAGUUUGCCACAAUUGUGGCCUUCCUGGGCACAUUGCGUCUGAAUGCUCCACAAAAUCCGUGUGCUGGAAUUGCAAAGAACCUGGUCACAUGGCCAGCAGUUGUCCAAAUGAGGGAAUUUGCCACACCUGUGGUAAAACUGGCCACCGUGCUAGGGAGUGCUCAGCUCCAGCAAUGCCUCCAGGGGACUUGAGGCUGUGCCACAACUGUUAUAAGCAGGGGCACAUUGCUGCUGAAUGUACAAAUGAGAAGGCUUGCAAUAACUGUAGGAAAACAGGGCACUUGGCACGUGAUUGUCCAAAUGACCCAAUUUGUAACGUGUGCAAUGUUUCUGGACAUGUGGCUAGACAAUGUCCAAAAUCCAACAUUAUUGGAGAUCACAGUGGCAGAGGCAGCUUCCGUGGUGCUGGUGGAGCGGGUGGUGGUGGUUACCGUGAUGUCGUGUGCAGGAACUGUCAACAGUUGGGUCAUAUGAGCCGGGACUGCAUGGGCCCCUUGAUGAUUUGUCACAAUUGUGGAGGCCGUGGUCACUUGGCAUAUGAGUGUCCUUCAGGUCGCUUUAUGGAUCGCUACCCUAGUGAUCGCUUUGUGGAUCGAUACCCUAGUGAUCGCGAUCGCUACCCUAGUAGGAGAUACUAG